AUGAACAUCAAAUCCCUCUGGAGGGCCUGUGCGGCCUGGGGUCUGCCUCACCUCCCACGACCUACCUACUUCCUUUCUACCUUCUGGCCCAGCCAGCCCUGGCCUCCCCUCCAGACACACCUGGGGACACAAGGUACCAACCUGGCCUCUUGCUCCUUCUUUGCUAGCCUCCUGCCCAGUGCCCCCUCUAGCCAUGCCGAAGAGCUGGAUCACAAGGCGUUGGGGAGCUACGAGUUGUUCGCUGCAUCGGUGGGCCACGCAGACUGGUUGCGGCUCUGCCUCAAUCAGAACACUGGGGAAACCCCCACCGACAGCAAGGGCUUCUCGGCCAUCCACUGUGCAGCCCAGCAGUGCAAGCUCCAGUGCCUGCAGGUCUUGCUGGAGGAGUACAACUUCCCUGUGAAUCAACGCACCCACCUCGGCCAGACGCCCCUGCACCUGCUGAUCCGCAGGGACAACGAGACCGUGGUCCUCCCUUGCGUUCAGUAUUUGCUCUUGAAAGACGCAGACAUCAACGCUCAAACAAAAAGCGGCUGCACCCCGCUGCACCUGGCAGCCCGAGAGGGCCUGCUGGGCUGUGUGAAGGUCCUGGUUGCUCACGGUGCUGACGUCCACGCCCAAGAUGUCACCGGCUGCAAACCCAUUGACUUGUGCAAAAUCUGGAACCACCGCAGCUGUGGCCGAGGAACUGCACCACUCAGCAGCAGGCCCACCGUGAGACUCUGUCACAGUGGGGGUGACACAUUCCCCCUGGGCAGCAGGUUCUUGAAGGAUGCCAUGUGGAAACGGGACAAGAACGACUUGAACCGUGAGAUGGGGGUUCUGAAGAGGCUCAAGGGAAGGCUGGCUUGCAUGGAGCAGUGGUAUCUAACCAAGUACCAAAACAAGUGUCAAGUCUUGAAUGACGCUGACUUCAAGAACUGGCUCCAACGUAAGAUGCUGCCAGCCCAAGAGGCCACGCAGGAGCCUGGUACCUCGGCUCCGUCCACUGCCCUCUUAAAGCUACCCAGGUGUCCUGGGGUGAAGCCGGCCAAGAUAUAUCACCCUUUCCUGGAGUCGCGCCUCAAGCAAUCCUCCCUGGUGGGAUCAAUGUCCGUGCUGUACAGGCCGCCAGUGGCCAGGCAGCCCCGGCCUCGGGUCUGUGUCCCUGCCACCCAGCAGGGCCUGGGAGUACAGCCAGUCCCCACCCGGGAGCAUGACUUUUGCAAUUUCGUGAGGGUGUGCCGUGAUGGGCGCGGAGGGUCGCUGCUGUACACCCUCACCGGCCGCCUGGUGACGGCCCUACCCCAGCUACCUUUCGAAAUGGCCGUCCAGGAGCUGCACCCCUCACUGAAACCACACAGGCUCAAGGGGCCCGGGGGCUUCCACCCGCUCACCAUGAAGGAUGUGCCCCAGAAGCGGCGGCUGGGCACCUUCUGGACAGACACGCUGGCCAUGAACCUGCAGGAGACAUUUGACGAGACCUUCCUGUCAGCCUUGCGUGCCCACCACGGGCUGCCCAUCCUGCCUGCCCCCAAAGCGACCCCAUAAAGUUAUGCCGGUGGCCUCAUGCUCUGAGGCAGCAGUUGCAAGGAGGCUGGGUGUGCUAAUUCCCUGCUGAGGAUGGGGAAGCAGGGAGAGGGGCCACCUCACUCCCAAAGUCAAGGACAGGAGCCCCACUGCCGACAGGUUAUGUCCUAGGCUUGCCUUCUUGCUACCAAGAUGCCUCAUGGGCCCCCAGCAGCCUGGCUUCGGAAAGGGCCCUAGGGCUGCGAGUGGAGACUGUCACCUUCCAGGGCCCUUGCAUCGUGACACCGUCAUCCCCACUGUCCCCCUCCUACCCCUGCCCCCCACCUCCCAGGGAUCAGCUUCCAGGACAGAGGGACUGCUGGGAAAGUCUGCCCCUUGGCCAGACUAAGCCGUCCCUGCUGCAGGC